AUGAAAGGCUACGCGCGUUAUUACGCCACCAAUACGGUAAAACUGGGCGGGGUCCGUAUUCCGCAUCUUUACCCGGGAGAUUCACUGAAUCUGCAGACAGCCCAGAAUGCGGAUAAUGGUUUUUCUGAACUGGAAAAGGCGCUGUUACGUUACAUUGCUGCCGGACUGGGUGUGUCGUAUGAGCAGCUUUCCCGUGCCAGGGCAUCCGCCAAUGAGUCGUGGCGGUAUUUUAUGGGAAAACGAAAAUUUGUGGCCAGUCGCCUGGCGUCACAGAUGUUUGCCUGCUGGCUGGAGGAAGCCCUUAUUCGUGGUGUGAUCCGUCCGCCGAAAUCCCGUUUCUCAUUCUGGGAGGCCCGUUCCGGGUGGUGCCGUGCCGAGUGGAUUGGUGCCGGUCGUAUGGCGAUUGAUGGCCUUAAGGAAGUGCAGGAAGCGGUGAUGCGCAUUGAAGGCGGCCUGAGUACAUACGAGAAAGAGCUGGCCCUGAUGGGGGAUGACUAUCAGGAGAUUUUCCGCCAGCAGCUACGGGAAACUCAGGAGCGACAGGCUGCCGGUCUUCCGCGUCCGGUCUGGAUAAAGGACGCGUUUCAACAGCAGAUCCGACAGACAACGGGAGAAAAAGGCGAUGCGCUGUAA